UAAUGUUUCAGCAAGACACUGCGCUAGCAUCGACUACUAUCGAUAGCAUAAUACUCCUUUCGUUUCUGUCAUCUCUACCACAAUUAUAGCGGCACUUUCAAUUUUUGUGUUCAAAAUGUCUAACUAUUCAUUCGGCACUUGCCCGUAUAAUAAAGACCAUCGCAUCAUGCUAUUCCGCAUGCCGGGUCAUAUUGUCAAAUGUAUGCAAAAUUACCACGGGCCACCCCUGUACACUUGCAAAUAUAAUGCCAUACACCGCGUGCUCGACAUGGAAGAGCACCUGAAAGAAUGUGAGGACUACAUCAAAUUUACUGAGAAUAAUACGUUUCAAAUGGCAAUUUCGGUACGCGCAAACCCCUUUUUUACCGAUGAAGAUGCUGUAUAAAACACAAUGUUCAAGUCAACAUUGUACACACUUACAUCAUAUAAGACACGUACAUCUAGACCCUUCUUGAAGAACAAUACAACAUAUUGUUAAUACUUUAAUCUUGCUAUGAUUUGCCUCUUGUGCACUACCUUAGAAUCGCUCAUACUUUGUUCAAAUAUGAAGCCUUAUGAAGAGAAUAUUGUUAUUAUUUAAUCAUUUAAGAAACAAACGUACAAUCCAUGUACAAUUUAUCGAAGAACAGCUAAUGUUGACUAAUGUUAGUAUAUUUUUUCACCAAAAUAUGUCUGAUGCAUUAAUUAAGAAAGUAAAGAACAUACUGUGUAUGAACAUAUGAAAUUUGAACCAUUCUUUGUGAUCAUAUCAUUCAAAUCACAUUUUGAUUUAUUAUGUUUAUUAUGAACCUUACUCAAUAAAGCAAAUGUUUUGGUAUUU